GCCGACACUCCUAUACAAGCCCUCCCAGUGGAUAUCAUCCGCAUUCGUGUGAUCAGGCCGACACAGAGAGAGAAAUAGAAAAUGAAAGUGCUUGUCAGUGCAUUGGUGAUCAGCUGCUUGGCGGCUCUGUCGCUGGCCCGCCCGCAGGAGGGCGCACAGUUCACAGACGAGGCCAUCCGACAGGCGCAGCAGUCCUACCUCAUCCCGCAGGACGCCAAGAUCCAGAAGGUGGAGCGCGGCAUUGAACUCGCCUCGUACGAAUCCAUCCCAGCGCGCCAGAAGAUCGACCUGUUCUCCAUUCUGGGCGAUCAAGUACCGCGCGACGUGAUCGCCAGGCUCCAGCCGCAGGUCGACAACAUCGGCUACGACUCUUGAUGCG